AUGCAGUAUGUUCCAUCUUCUCCAACGGCUAAUACUACAGCUGUAUCAUCAGCAACAACAACAACGGUAACACCAUUAGCAUUCCAGAACCCUUAUGCUCCCAUAGGGACAACCGCACCAUCAACCGUUCCAUCACAAUCAACAGCUUCGACAACAUCGACAGCUGCCACUGUAUCACAAAUGUUAAACGGUUUUACCGAUGAGUUAGGAACAGAAGAUGUAACCAGUGUCAUGAAAGCAGCAUGGGAUCCACAUCAUUGUGCUGAUUGGGAUCAAGAACAGCCAAAUGCAACAUGUAUUGCAAGAAUAAAACGAGAUAUUAUGAGUGUUUUUCGUGAUCCUCCACCAGGCAUGUUCAUAGCACCAUCUCCAGAUAAUAUAACAAAAAUUCACGCACUUAUUGUUGGACCGUUCGACACUCCAUAUGAAGGUGGAUUUUUUUAUUUCCUUAUACGUUGUCCACCUGAUUAUCCAAUACGUUCACCAAGAGUAAGAUUAAUGACAACAGGCAAUAACACCGUAAGAUUUAAUCCCAAUUUAUAUCGAAAUGGCAAAGUUUGUUUAAGUAUACUCGGAACAUGGUCUGGACCAUCGUGGAGUCCCGCACAAUGUAUAUCCUCAUUAUUAAUAUCUAUUCAAUCAUUAAUGAGUGAAAAACCGUAUCAUAAUGAACCGGGUUUCGAACAUGAACGAACAACGGGUGAUAGUAAACUAUACAAUGAAAUAAUUCGUCAUGAAACAUUACGCGUAGCUGUUUGUGAAAUGUUAGAAAAUGAAAAUUCUUGUCCAAAACAAUUACGAGAAGUAAUGAUCAAACAAUUUUUUGAUUUUUAUGACGUAUAUGUUGAAACAUGUACAGAAAAUUUGAACAAAGAGGGAACACAAAUGGUUGAUCCAUUUGGCGAACGUCGGGGUGCAUUUGAAUACGGUGUAAUAUUGACUCGAUUAAAAAAAUUAAAAACACGUUUGCAAGCUCAACAUAAUGAAAAACAAAAUAAUAAUCAAACAUCAACAAAAUCAUCUACGUCAAAAUGUCAACAAUCUGAUUCAUUUAUUCGACAACUUGAAGCAGAAGAUCCAAAUCGUCCACCAGAUUAUGGCGAUAUGGACGAUAUAUUUGACACACCUUCAGAUAUGGAUGAAGACGAUGAUGAAGAGCAACAACAAGACGGAAUAAUAGAUAGCACUAAUACCAUUUCUUCGACAAUGGGAGCUUACUUAUCGUCACCCAUCUGUGAUAAAGAGUCAAUUGAAGGCUCAAAUAAUCGAUUGUCAUAUGGAGCCAGUAGUAUGCAAGGAUGGCGAAUGUCUCAAGAGGAUGCUCAUAAUGCCAUAUUAGAUUUUGAUGAUCUUACAAAAACGUCAUUUUUUGCUGUAUAUGAUGGACAUGGAGGCCCAGAAAUCGCUUUAUAUUGUUCGAAACAUUUGCCGGAUUUUAUAAAACAAUUAGAUUCAUAUCGUGAAAAUCGUUUAUCAGAUUCUUUAACUGAAGGUUUUUUGAAAUUUGAUUCUACCUUACUCGACUCACAUGUGAAAGAAAUUUUACAAGAUCUAGCUAAUUUGAAAGACGGUGAUCAACAACAACCAAUCACAUUUGAAGAACCAGAUCCAGAUGAAGACGACGUUGAUGAAGAUGACGUUGAGGUUGAAGAAACUAAAAUUUUAAAGCGUGAAGCGGGUAUACCUAUUGAAGAAUUAUUAAAACGUUAUGGUCGUACUCGAGAAGCAACAAAAAAUGAACUUUCAAAACAUUUUCAUUCGCCUAAUAUUACUUCAUCAAAACGAAAAACACGUUCAUCACUCCCGGUAUCAUUGAACAAUAAUAACGGAGACGAUAAUAAACUAAAAAUAUCGACAUUGAAAAAAUUACAUGAUUUACGUCAAAAUGCAUUACAUGAGGAUGAAAGUGAAGAACGUCAAUCAAACAAUGAAAAUGAUGAAAAUACCGUUAGUUCAACAACAACAAACGAAAACAAAGAUGGGAAAA